AUGAGCUUGGCGCCGAUAUUGGACGAUAGCGACUGUCGGAGGUGUGAUUUUGUGGAUGUUGGGGGUGUGCGUGUGUACAGAGCCCGUGUUUGUGUGCGUGUGUGUACAAAGCGCUUCAUUUGCAAUUUGCCUAGCACCAGCAGCACCAGCACCAGCAGCAGCGGCGGCGGCGGCGUAGAGGAAAGGGCAUGGAGCGUGCGCGUUUCCCGGCAGUCACCGCAGUUAGCCUCAUUGCCUCUGCUCAUGCUCGCCGUUCGAUUGCUGUUUCCGCCUCUGUUGCGUUUAGUGCGUCAAUACGCCGUGGCGGCAGGAAUCAUGCAAUAUGGAACCAUUUUUUUUCCUUACCCAGAACAGAUGCAGGGCCCUUGGUGCGCCGCGGAGAAGCCACGCGCACUGCCCGUUGAUACCGAAGCUGUCGCUGAAACCACGUCCAACUGCUCGAACGUGCAUCACGACGGCAGCCACGGCAGGCCCAGGGAGCCCACCAGUCAGUCGUCAAACCGCCAGCCCGGCAAUCCAUCAAAUCAGUCAGCCAUCAGUCAGUCGGAUGAAUCGGACACGCCCACUUUGGACCUGGAGGAGCCCCUUGAUGGCAGAGGCUGCCGUUCUGUGUGUACAUAUAUGCAUACUAGACGUAAGCAUGUAAGCUCCCGUGGCCCGGCGCGGCAGAUCCAUGGGCGUAGCAGUAGUUUGGCUCGACUCCUACCUAUCAUCUCACCCACACUCGCCCGGCUGGUUUGCCUCCAAUCGCCUCUAGCUGGUGCGUGUGAGCCAGGAACCCACGACUGUACUACCAGUCGGGACGUGUGGUGGCUGCACAUCACCGCGACGCCUCUAGGCAGGCAGAGGGGCGGAGUGUCGAUGGUGCCCGGCCCAAGUGCCGUCUUACAUACAUUAACAUUGGAUACGCAACUAUACGCAACUAAGUACGUAGGCAGUAAGGAGGUAAAGUAUCAUGGCUGUCUGUGUAGUAUUACUUACAUGGCAGGGUCAAGCCCGGCCAUCCAUGUCAAAUGCGACGUACGACACAGUGUCCCGUCGGCGAUUGCGCAACCAGACUUGCAUUGCCUGGCGGGACCAGCGCGCUCAGCUUGGUCGCAGAAUGGGAAUGUAAACAUGGUCUGUCGAUCCAAAAGUGUAAUGCACGCCGCCGAACGCCCCCCAAAAGGGUCAUUUCGUCCCCCCUCGCGCCGCCCCAAGUCUCGCUACCAAACUCUGGACGCCUGGCUCCGCCUCGAUGCCGGAGUUGAGCCGAUUUUCCGCCAUGAAGCAGGUGCAGAUGCCCACUACGUACUACGCGAGAACGACGGCUGCUAG